GGGGGCGAGGCAAAGCCGUGCGCGGGGAAAGUUUGAAGGAAGCUGUGGGCGCAAAGGCGCGCGCUUUCCGGAUGGGGCGGAUCCGGAUUUGUAUCACAGCUGAGCUGUCACUGUACUCUCGCCGGGUGCGAGCGCUGGCCCAGGGGCGCCAGAGGGACCGGGGCACCUGCGUCUCAGUGGUCCGGCACUUGGAGUCCGCCUCGACCCUUCCCGGAAGAGGGAACCCUUCUCAAAGGGCGGAGCAGCAGAUCUGCCGGUGACCGUCAGCGCCUCUCGAGGGCUCCCGCCCCGCCGAGAUGUCCAUCAACCCGAUGCUGUACGAGGCCCAGUUCUUCGGGUUCACGCCGCAGACGUGCAUGCUCAGGAUCUACAUCGCCUUCCAGGACUACCUGUUUGAGGUCAUGGUGGCCGUGGAAAAGGUCAUGUUGAAGAAGGCCGGAGACCUUCCCGGCUGCGACCUGAGCGCCGUCCAGAUCCGCAGCAGCACCGAGACCUUCCUCCGCUUCAUGAAGGAGCGCUUCGACCGCCUCUUCGUCAAGAUGGAGCGCGCGCUGCUGCGGCUGGUGCUGAGCAUCCCCCCCACCGUCCUCCUCCCCGAGGACAGGAGCCACGAGAAGCACCCCCAGAGCAGGGAGGAGUUCGGCCUCCUCCAGCAGGAAGUGGGGCAGCUGCAGGCCCGCUACAAGGCGGAGCUGGGCGCCAGGCGCGCGCUGCUGGCCGAGCUCGAGGUCCAGAAGGUGGUUCGGGAGCGGCUGAGAAAGACUCUGCACUGGCUCAAUGGGCUCGGAGAUGUCCACGGGCCCCCGGGCCUGCGGGAGAUGAUGGCCCUCCUGGUCCAGCACUCGGGCCAGCUGCGCAGCAUCACCCAGGACGUGUCGCAGAAAAGCUCCGGGGGAGGGAUGGAGUGACCGGGCGCCCCCUCCUGGCAGCCAGGACCCUGAGCAGAUGUCCGCAAAAACUGCGUCUCUGAGGCUUGCGGGUGGGCCGGCUUCUGAAAGCUGUGGGCCUCAGCUCCCCCUUUGAGCUGUGGGGUGAGAGCAGGGACUCUUCCCCAGGCUGUAAGAGCUCGGCUUGUCAGUGAUCACUCCUGGCCCAGAGCUGCUCGGAGGCCUGCGAAGUGGGCAGUCACAGUGACUCAGAGGGAGGGCCCCCCAAACUCAGCCCCGUGGCUGAGCUCGUCUGGUCUGUGUGAACAAGCAGAGUCCCUGCGUCGGGCAGAGCGGGGCAAGGCGGGGCAGCCUCCAGCAAAGGGCAGAGAGGUAAGGCGCUGUAAGCAAGGAAAUUAUGCCAAAUUUCAAUUCAGACCGAGCAACAGGAAGGAGGCUAGCAGGUCUAAGGACACCUUGCCCUGAUUUUUGCCCGUUUCUAAACUUUCUGUUGAGAGGGUUCCGAUGAAUUGCACUUGUGAAACACUUGAUGGUCUCUGUGCUGUUCAAAUAGAAAUAUCAUCGAACCUAGGAAUGCUUCUGAGCAGCUGUAAUAAAAUAUGUACAAUGGA